AUGCUUGUCCUGAUCGCCGGUAUUACGGGAAAGCUGGGAACCCACCUGGCUCGCGCAGCUUUGCAACGCAAUGAUUUCCAAGUGCGAGGUCUAGGACGCAACCCCGAGAAUCUAGAUCCGACAAUCGCAGCGCAACUGGAAUCCUUUGUGACAUGCAGAUCCUACGAUGACAUCCCCGCCCUGGACAAGGCAGCCGCAUCCGUCGAUGCGGUAGUGUGUGCCUACAAGCCGGAUCCAGUGCUCGACCUUGAAGGGCAUUUGCUGCUACUACGCGCCGCUGAGCGGGCUGGGGUCAAGAUCUUCCAUGCAUCUUCAUGGAAUGCCGACUGGCGGCUAUUCGAAUGGGGGGAGUUUGAGCACUAUGAUACGCACAUUGCGUUCCAGCGCCAUGUUGAGUUGACAUCUCCCAUCAAGCCUGUGUAUGUCUUCACUGGAAUUUUCGGGGAGUACCUUUUUAGCCCUGCGGGCCCUGGAAUGUUCUCAAAGGAUGAAUUUGGGGCUGCCAGCGUGCAGGUCUGGGAUCAGGGAGAUGCAAAGUGGUCUUGGACUUCUAUGAAGGAGGCAGCGGAAUUCAGUAUCAGCCUCUUGACCAGGAAGGAUGUCCAAGAGGGAUCUGGGGGCUAUUUUGCUGUGAAAUCAGGAGACUGCAGCCCCCGGGAUAUUGCCAAAGCAUACGAAACCGUCACAGGCGCCAGUGUGGAUGUGAAAUAUGCUGGGGCUGUGGACAGCGUGGGUCAGCAGCUUCAGCAGGCGCGUCAAGAGCAUGGUCCCAGCCAGUACAAGCAAUAUCUCGCACUGAUAUCACAGUGGUUUGGAUACACGGGGAAGCUUUAUCUGCAGAGUGCCGAAACCGUCAUUAAUGGCAGACCAACCACGAGUCUGGAGGAUUUCCUUAGCGCCAAUCCGGACCUUACAAACUGGCGAUUUGAAUAG